AUGAACAGCAUGUCGACCCAGGGCGCCACUCUCGCUGCCAUGUCGCAGCCCGUACAUCUCGCUAGCCACUCGGCCCAGCAGUCGCCCAGUCUCCAGCACGCCGCCGCCGCUGCGGCCGCGGUGCACGCGUCCGGAGGCGGGAUCGCACCCGCGACGCCCGGGCCCGUUGGCACCGUUGCGGCUCCACAGGGCCCGAUAGUCCAGGUUCAAGUACAACCCGCACAGCCCAUGGACCCGGUGACGCAGUCCACCGCGGAAACGUGGCUUUCGAUCGCGUCGUUGGCGGAAACUUUGGGAGACGCGGAUCGCGCCGCGAUGGCGUACGACGCAACCCUCCAGUAUAACCCUUCGUCUACCAAAGCGUUGACGUCGCUGGCGCAUUUGUACAGAUCGCGCGACAUGUUCCAACGCGCUGCAGAACUGUAUCAGCGCGCGCUGGCGGUAAAUCCUGAGCUCGGCGAUAUCUGGGCGACGCUUGGUCACUGCUAUUUGAUGCUCGAUGACUUGCAAAGCGCGUACGCCGCGUAUCAGCAAGCGUUGUACCAUCUCAGCAACCCCAACGUCCCCAAACUGUGGCACGGAAUUGGGAUUCUAUACGACAGGUAUGGGUCUCUGGAUUACGCAGAGGAAGCGUUUGCCAAAGUCUUGGAACUAGAUCCACAGUUCGAAAAGGCCAACGAAAUCUAUUUCCGCCUGGGAAUCAUUUAUAAGCACCAAGGAAGGUGGAAUCAAGCUUUAGAAUGUUUCCGCUACAUUUUGACACAGCCGCCCGCCCCUUUGCAGGAGUGGGACAUUUGGUUCCAACUCGGAGGCGUGCUCGAGAGCAUGAGCGAAUGGCAGGGUGCCAGAGAAGCUUAUGAACACGUGCUUAUGCAGAAUGAAAGACAUGCCAAAGUUUUGCAACAACUCGGGUGUCUUUACGGUAUGCAGAGCGUCCAAUUCUAUGAUACAGAAACGGCUUUGAACCUUUUACUCAAAUCUCUGGAGGUUGAUCCUGCUGAUGCCACCACUUGGUAUCACUUGGGUCGUAUUCAUAUGGUGAGAAACGAUUAUACAGCGGCUUACGAUGCAUUCCAACAUGCUGUGAAUCGAGACUCCAGAAACCCUACAUUCUGGUGCUCGAUAGGUGUGUUGUACUACCAGAUCUCCCAAUACCGGGAUGCGCUCGACGCCUACACCAGAGCUAUUAGACUAAACCCUUACAUCAGCGAGGUUUGGUACGAUCUGGGUACUCUAUAUGAGACUUGCAGCAAUCAAUUAACCGACGCACUCGAUGCUUAUAAGCAAGCGGCGCGUUUGGAUCCAAACAACAUUCACAUUAGGGAGAGGCUAGAUACGUUGACCGCACAGCUUUCUAACCAGUCGAAUGGUAGCGUUUUGCCAGCGCAGAAUAAGCCCGGUAACGUUUCGAAUCCACCUCCAAUAAUGUUGCAGCCUAGUCUGCGAUCAAAUGAUGCUGGAAAUCCAUUGAACAAAUCGCCGCUUUCGAUUCAGCAUCAGGUGGAAACAACACCAGUUCAACCUCAUUUGCAAGUCCAACACCAACCCCAAAGUAUGCUUCAACCUCAGUUGCAGGCUCAACAACUUCAGCAGCAGCAAGCGCAGGCACAGCAAGUUCAAGCUGAACUCAAAUCCAGAUCACACCAACUUCCCCAGGGCUUUCAGCAAAUACUAUCUCAACCCCAGUUGCAGAUGCCACAACAACAGCAACCACAACAACGCUUACAUGGUCUUUCGCAACCGGCUGUUCCUGGCCAGCCUACUUUUAGUCCCUAUCGCGACUCGAUGCCUCCCAUGGCUCCCCCUCAGGGAAUAGCAGGAAACACGCAGCCUUCCUCUCAACAAAUUGCUCCUCUGCCUUUGACGUCGUACCUUCCUGCAUCGAAUCAAUUGCCCCAAAAGAGAGGCAUUGAGGGUGGCAUGGACACUUUGGUAAAUGCAGCAGUGUCAACCGCUGCCAACUCUUCUUCGCAAUCGCAGGUUUCGCCCAAUAACGCGUCCAUCGCACCUACCAUCAAACCUGAGGGAUCUCUGGUGAAGAGGCAAAAACAGACUCCGGUUCAGGCCAAAGAGCAAACUACAGAAGAUGCUCCGAAGGACGUGACACCAGAUCCCGAGCCAGCUGCCCCUAAGGUCGAAACAGCUUCGAAACCAUCGUCAGACGAGAGUGGUCACGGUCCUGUCGAAAAUGAGCCCAAGGCGGAUGAAGUACCGGUUAAGAAAGUGGCUUCAGAGGAACCUGAGAAGGAAAAUCCAGGGACGACAGAUGAAAAUUCUAAUUCAUUUGUUAUUAAAGCCAGUGCUGAUGCAAUCGAACAAUAUAAAGAAGAGGCUCGAUUACGUAAGGAGGACGAGCAAGAGGCCAUCAGCAAUGAGGUCAAGCAACCCGAGAACGGGAAGUCCACAGGUGCUUUCAACGAGAAUGUGGUGCGUAACUUUGAUGAAGACGAGGAUUAUGAUGAUUGA